CAAGAUCAAGCUGAGAAAGCGCACGUAGGGCUUCUUUAGGGUACUUUUGCAGUUUGUUACUCAUCGUAAACUGAAGUAAUAGGAUCUUUCUACCUAGGUAUCGCCCUUCGAUAGGGAAGUCGAAACGAUACCUGGGCAGCGAACAACCCGAGUGUGCAAGGCAAAGCAAAGAAGCAAACGAACCAAAAUCAAACACUCUCCAAAACAUGGCUAAACAAAUCAUUACGUCGGCUAGUGGUGGACUGAUAACGCAUAGAUCGGCCAUCGGUUGGGCGGUAUUUGUCGUGUGCUUUGCAUUCGUCACUAAUCAUCAUCAGUUGCGAUUGACGGUUGCAGCAGUGGAACCGCCAUCACACGCCUCGCCUUGGUUUAACAAACUCGCACGCUACGUACGGAAUUCUAACGGAAGGUUGGACUGUGCGGCAAACAUGGACGGCCAAGGACCACCCUCGGAAAGCACACUAGCGAUCUGGGAGAAGCAAUAUUCACCUUCCGCGUGGAGUGUUCGCUUUCCCACGCCCGCGGAAGUGAUCGACUAUCAUGUCAAUUUUGCAAAAAGUGUGACUGAUGCCAACAAGGCGGAGUAUGAAACGACACUGGAUGUACCGUAUAGUAGCGGUGAACGGGACCAGGUGGACAUUUAUGGUGAUAAUCUACCACCCGAUGCACCGCUGUUCGUGUACAUCCACGGUGGAUACUGGCAACAGCUGGAGAAGGAAACGUCCGCCUAUCCAGCCAAGCCACUCAUAGACAGUGCGAUGCGGGUGAUGGUCGUUGGUUACGAACUUUGUCCGAAUGUAUCGCUGGAGGAGCUGGUGCGCCAGAUUAAGUUCGCCGGCGAAUUUGUGUUGAAUUAUGCCACGGAAAAUGGUGUGAAGCACAUUUCGAUCGCUGGACAUUCGGCAGGAGCUCACUUGAUCCUUAGCAUGCUGGACGAGUCAUUUCAAAGUGCCGUCGGCGAGGAACUUAAUCUUCUGAAGGAUGUUUAUCUCAUCUCGGGUGUGUACAAUGUGCAGGAACUAAGGUACACGAGAAGCGUAAACAAAGACAAUCUACUGGGCAUCAACGAUGAUAAUGCUAAGCGCUUGUCGCCCAUGUUUGCCAAUUACGAUCAUCUGCGAUCGACCGGGAUAAGGUUUCACGUAUACGCUGCGCAACACGAUAGUGACGUGUUUCGUGACAUGUCAUCAAAGAUGAACGAUCGGCUGAAGUCGUUCGGGAUGAGCAGUAGCUUGAACGUGUUACCAAACCUGGAUCACUUCGAUAUUGUGGAAAAUCUCGCUUCCUCUGAUUAUACCAUUACGAAAGCCAUCUUGGAGGGUGCCGGUGGACAACAGAUCUAACUCUAGUAAAAAGCAACCGUACAUCACAAAACUCUUCAGUAAAGAUUAACAUUGCAAUACUCACAACAGUAAUGUGUUCCGUCAAGAAUUCAAAUCCGUCAAGAAUUUCCUUACAAACAGGGAAUACGUUACGUUCCGUUGAAAAAUAUUUUCCGUCACAUGGAUAAUUCCUUUUUAUUUCGUAGUUUAUUCUUCUUCCACUGCACACAGAAUGGCACCGUCGCCAGCCUGCC